GCGGCGCGGGGCCGGAAGGGGCGGGGGCUUCCGCCGACAACGACGGCGGCCGCCGCGGGCCGCUAAGAGGGCGCCGCCGCCGGCGUGGGGGACUCCGAGCGGGGCCGGGGCCGGGGCCUCCUGCCACGGCGGCGGGCUGGCGGCGGCAGCCCGGGGCAGCGCGGCGCCUCGUGGGGGUCAGGGGCGCGGGGCAGUUGCCGCCUCCAGGGGGCGCCGCGGCCGCGCCGGGCUCGUCACGCCCCUUCCGCCGCCGCCGCCGCCGCCGCGCAGGAUCCCUCCAGGCCUGGCCCUCCGCAGAGCGCCGUGAGCCGGCAUGGGGAAGAGCUGCAAGGUGGUGGUGUGCGGGCAGGCCUCCGUCGGGAAGACAUCCAUCCUGGAGCAGCUGCUCUACGGGAACCACGUCGUGGGUUCCGAGAUGAUCGAGACCCAGGAGGACAUUUACGUGGGCUCCAUUGAGACAGACCGCGGGGUGCGCGAGCAGGUGCGCUUCUACGACACGCGGGGCCUGCGGGAUGGCCUGGAGCUCCCCAAGCAUUGCUUCUCCUGCACUGACGGCUACGUGCUCGUCUAUAGCACCGACAGCAAGGAGUCCUUCAAGCGGGUGGAGCUCCUCAAGAAGGAGAUUGACAAGUCCAAAGACAAGAAAGAGGUCACCAUUGUGGUACUGGGUAACAAGUGUGACCUGCAGGAGCAGCGCCGGGUGGACCACGACGCAGCCCAGCACUGGGCCAAGGGCGAGAAGGUGAAGCUGUGGGAGGUGUCUGUGGCGGACCGGCGCACGCUGAUCGAGCCCUUCAUCUACCUGGCCAGUAAGAUGACGCAGCCACAAAGCAAGUCUGCCUUUCCCCUGAGUCGCAAGAACAAGGGCAGCGGCUCCAUGGAUGGCUGAGCCUUGUCCUUCCCUUCUCCAUUGCCACCUCCUCUCCCUCACCUCCCCCUUUUCCCUGCAUUCACCUCCUGCUGAGCCUGUUUGGUGGGGUGGAGCCGGCGGGAAGCAUGGUGGCAGGAGGAAUGGGCGUCCCAGGGCCGGGGACAGUCUUUGAGGAUGAGAGAGGUGACCCAGCUGCCCGGGCAGGGACAGGGCCUGCUCUUUUCACUGUCCACGUCCUGCAGACAAGCCUGGACUCACCGAGUGACGCUCCUCUCCUCCCGGGCCUCGUCUCCUGCUCUCGGGCGCAGGCUGGCAGACCCGGGGGAUGCAUGUGCUCAAGGGAGGCACAGCGUAGGGCUCACCGCCAGGUUGGAAUCAGCUCCGCGUCCGAGUGCUGCCAGGCCAGAGGAACCGUUCCCUGGCUGGCGAGCUGCCCCGUUGUGUAUCGUGCUGGUACCGCGUGAGAAGGGUCCCUGCUGGCCACGCAUCCAGCACAGCCGCUGCCAGAGCAGCGCUCCCUUGCCCUACCCUGGCUGGCUCUGCGGGGCUGCCGCUUCGGUCCAGUGUGUCACCCCUUCCCAGCAGCGUCCUCUGCUCCUGUGCGUGCAGAAACGUUCAGUUCUUGGUCAAGUUGUGCGCAAGAUGCACGUCAUGCCCCAGCGAGCGCGUGGUGCAGAGCGGCGCAAGGUGCUGAGGCUGAGGGCAGGGUCAGGCCCUGCGUCUCACAGCGCCGCCGUCCACCACGCUGCCGCCCUGCUCUUGCUAAGCGCAAACUCCGUCCUAACCUGGGAGACGCUGGGCCUGGGCUUAGCCCACAACACCCCGAUGCUUAGGGCUGUGGCAGCGCUCCCCAUGUCUGUCCCAGCACUGGCUCUCAGAACCGCAGGACAAGGGGAACGUUCCCCGCACGUGCUCCCUUUGGCUAGUCUGGAUCUAGGCAAAGAUGACGAGAAAGCCCUGGCUUGUUUAUACUUGUUCCUUUUAUUUACUGAGUAACACAAUAAAGCGAUGAGAUUUGAUUAUCAAAA